CGCCCCCAGUGGCUGGCGGCCGGCGUCGCCCUCCUGGCGGGAGAUUCCUGGGGCGCCGGGCGCAGAGCGAGGCGACCAUGGAGCGGCUGCGUGUUGUGUGGGAGCGGCUGCAGGCGUGGGAGUGCGCGUUUCGGCGGCGGAGCGGGCGGUUGCCGGGCCAGGAGGACGUGGAAGCGGCGCCCGAGGAGACCCGCGCGCUCUACCGGGAGUACCGCACCCUGAAGGAGGCACUGGGUCAGGCCGGCGGUCUCGGGCCUCACGGCUCGGAGCAGUCGGUUCCCGCGGCGGCGGCCGAGGAGAUGCUGGAGCCCAGCUGCUGGGGGCCCCACCUGAAUCGGGCUGCGACCCAGAGCCCCCAUCCUCCAUCCAGGCUCAGCUCUCAGGGAUCUGUGCAGGACUACGGGAAGAGGCUUAAGGCCAAUCUAAAGGGCAGUUUGCAGGCCGGGCCAGCCCUGGGCCGAAUACCUCGGCUUACACGAAGAUCCUCCUCCAAGAUGCCUUCCCCAGGGCCACCAGGCACAGGAGCUGCCACCAUCUCUCCAGAAGAAGUCAGUGAGGUGCCCCCCCAGCCUCCCAGGCCCCAGCUGAGGCCAGGCCGGCCCCAGCAGCUGAGGGCAUCCCUGAGCCUGCGGCUGGGCUCCCUAGACCUAGGCUGGCUGCAGCGGUGUCACAACGGGACCCCAGAUUUUCUGGGGGUUCCCAGGGCCUGCCAGCCUUGCCUGGGUACAGAGGAGUCCCAGCUUCUUACUCCAGGUGUUGCAUCUGUCCUCGGUCCCAGCGCUGGCCCUGAGGUGCCUUUACAGGGCCCAGAGGCGCCUUUACAGGGCCCAGAGGCUCCAACCCUCCCAGCAGCUGGUAUCAGUGCAGGGAACUCCCAGCCUGGUACCCGUCAAGGCAAGAAGCGGAGAUGGAGUGGGGAGCUGGAGGGAAGCCCUGCACAGACCCAGCAGGACAGUGACCGAGCAGGACCGCUGCCUGCGGGAGCUGGCGCUGCAGCGCCUGCAGAAGACUGUCCAGAGCAGCCUGUGCAGGCACAGCCCCCCAGCAAGCCCCCAGCCCCCAGACUUGCUGUCCGCGACAGGGGGAACUAUGUGCGGCUCAACAUGAAGCAGAAACGCUACGCGCGGGGCCCGGCCUCAAGGGGCAGGCUCCUCCGCAAGCAGGUAUGGAAGCAGAAGUGGCAGAAAAAAAGAGAGUGUUUUGGGGGUGGUCAGCCCAGAACCACAGCCCAGGAUUCCUGCUCCCCGUGUGGGCAGUUCAGUCACUGGGCAUCCCAGUGCCCUCAGCCAGAACUUACCUUGGCCCCUCAGAAGGAGGGUGGCAAGGAUGAGGGUGGCACACAGACCCGGGCCACGUUCAAGGAAGUAUCCCAGAGAAUGGGCACUGCCUGCCGCCAACUCUCUGGUGAAGAACACACAGAGCCUGCAGGGCCUGAGCUGCUGGUGCCCACAGGGCAGUCUGUGCCCAAGGCUCCUUGUCUGCCUCCUGUGCCACCACUCUAUCCGCCAGGGCCUUUGGGGCAGGUGGUAGACACGCCAGCUGAGGUGUUUCAGGCCCUGGAGCAGCUGGGGCACCAAGCCUUCUACCCUUUGCAGGAGCGUGUGGUCAUGCGGAUCCUGUCUGGCAUGUCCACGCUGCUGGUGCUGCCCACAGGGGCUGGUAAGUCCCUGUGCUACCAGCUCCCUGCACUGCUCUACUUCCGGCGAAGCCCCUGCCUCACAUUGGUCGUCUCUCCUCUCAUGUCGCUCAUGGACAACCAGGUUUCCGGCUUGCCCCCAGGCCUGAAGGCGGUCUGCAUCCACUCGGGGAUGACCCAGAAGCAGCGGGACUCUGCCCUGCAGAAGGUUCGGUCAGCCCAGGUGCAAGUGCUGAUGCUGUCGCCAGAGGCGCUGGUUGGGGCGGGGGGCGCUGCCCUCCUCACUCAGCUGCCACUGGUUGCCUUUGCCUGCAUCGAUGAGGCCCACUGCCUCUCCCAGUGGUCCCACAACUUCCGGCCCUGCUACCUGCGUGUCUGCCAGGUGUUGCGGGAAUGCAUGGGUAUUGGCUGCUUCCUGGGUCUCACAGCCACGGCCACGCGCAGCACUGCCCUUGACGUGGCCCGGCACCUGGGCGUGGCCGAAGAGUCUAUCCUCAGGGGGCCGGGCACCAUCCCUGCCAAUCUGCACCUCUCUGUGUCUUCGGACAGGGACCCAGACCAGGCUCUGGUGACGCUGCUGCAGAGUGAUCGUUUCCGUGCCCUGGACUCUGUCAUCGUCUACUGUAACAGACGAGAGGACACGGAGCGUGUCUCUGCCCUGCUGCGCACCUGCCUGCGUGAGGCCCGGGCCCCAGGAUCCCGAGGCCGAGCCCCGGAGGCUGUGGCUGAAGCCUACCAUGCCGGCAUGGGCGGCCGGGAGCGGCGGCGGGUGCAACGGGCCUUCAUGGAGGGCCGGCUGCGGGUGGUGGUGGCCACGGUGGCCUUCGGGAUGGGGCUGGACCGGCCAGACGUGCGGGCCGUGCUGCACCUGGGGUUGCCCCCGAGCUUUGAGAGCUACGUGCAGGCUGUGGGCCGGGCUGGGCGUGACGGGCUGCCUGCACACUGCCACGUCUUCCUCCGGCCCCAGGGUGAGGAUCUGUGGGAGCUGCGCAGACACGUUCACGCCAACGUCAUCGACUUCCUCGCCGUGAAGAGGCUGGUGCAGCGCGUGUUCCCGCCCUGUGCUUGCACUCGGCAGCCCCCAGAGCAGCAGGGAGACGAGAGCGGGGAAAGGCACUCGGGCAGGGUCCUUGUGGCUACAUCUCCCCAGGAUGCUGACCAUCCCGGCCUCGAGCACACAACCCGGUGCCCGGGCCACAAGCGGGCGCUCCCGGUGCAGCCAACCGUGCAAGCCCUGGAUAUGCCCGAGGAGGCGAUCGAGACUCUGCUGUGCUACCUUGAGCUGCACCCACAGCGUUGGCUGAAGCUGCUGGCGCCCACCUAUGCCUGCUGCCACCUGCGCUGCCCCGGGGGCCCCACCCAGCUCCAGGCCCUGGCCCGCAGGUGUCCCCCCCUGGCUGUGUGUUUGGCCCGGCAGUGCCCCAAGAAGACAGGUGGGGGAAGCAGUUCUGUGGAGCUGGACGUGGUCGAGCUGGCAGACUCUAUGGGCUGGGAGCUGGCCCCCAUGCGGCGGGCUCUCCACCAGCUGCGGUGGGAUCCAGGGCCUGGGACAGGUGUGCCUCGGGGCACGGGGGUGCUGGUGGAGUUCAGGGAGCUGGCCUUCCACCUGCACAGCCCCGGAGACCUGACAGCCCAGGAGAAGGACCAGAUCUGUGACUUCCUGCAUGGCCGCGUGCAGGCCCGUGAGCGAGAAGCCCUGGCCCGUCUGCACCGCACCUUCCGGGCUUUUCACAGCGUGGCCUUCCCCAGCUGCGGGCCGUGUCUGGAGCAGCCCGAUGAGGCACGCAGCGUCAGGCUCAAGGCCCUGCUCAGCCACUACUUCGAGGAAGAGUUAGAAGCACCGGGGGGCGUGGAGACCGAGGAGGACCCUGAGCCAGGACAGGCCAGGCUCCAGGACUGGGAGGACCAGAUCCGCCGGGACAUCCGCCACCUCCUGUCCUCGUGGCCAGAGCAGCGGUUCUCGGGCAGGGCCGUGGCCCGGGUCUUCCACGGCAUCGGAAGCCCCUGCUAUCCGGCCCAGGUGUACGGGCGGGACCAGCGCUUCUGGAGAAAGUACCUGCACCUGAGCUUCCAUGCCCUCGUGCACCUGGCCACAGAGGAGAUCCUGCUGUGGGGCUGCUGACCACCCUGCCGCGGAAGGACCCAGUUCCCCCACGUCACAGACACGGGCCUGAGCAGGGGCUGCGUGGCCACAGCAUGGGGGGUGUCAGGUGCAGCAGGUCCUCAAGGCAAAGAUGGGCACAGAUAUCAGUGGUCAGGACAGCGACCAACCACUCUGGACAAAGGCCACCAUCAGUAGCGUGGGGGCAAGGAGGCCCCAAAGCGCAGAAUAAAAGAUGCUCGAGUCA